AUGGUAGAAGUGAAUAAGUUUAGAACUUGGGUUUCUCUUUCCAGAAAAGUCGCCAAAAACUUCAGGCGAUCUUUGGAGGAACUAGCAGAUGCUUUGGCUUCGAGAUCUAAUCCUUCGUUAGGUCGAGCUCCUGUGCCUGUGCCAGUUCCUGUGAGAAACAACCCAAGUAAUCCCUUUUUGAGAGAAGCUCGAAGAAAUUUUUCAACCUACAAUCCUCGGAAAAGCACCUUCAAUUAUAUCAAAUCAGGAUAUCGUGCAAAUCCUGUUAAUUUAUCUCACAAACUAUGGCCAUAUUCUGCGUUUAGAUUUACUGGCGGUUCUUCUGUGUUGAUGAAGGGCAUCUUUCCUGGCACAUUAUACAAAAAUUUUACAAAUACCAAUGCCAGAUACUUUUCUAGUUAUUCGACAUCGCAUCUUUCAAGAGACGCUGUUCAAAAUUUGACAUCGUCGUUAAGGGCGUUUUUCUAUAAUGUUAACUCCAAUGGUUUUCAAGUGAACUCAACUUUGAAGAGCAAAUCAUAUCAUGGAAAUGCCAAUUUAGCUCUGGAAAAUGUACAAAAUGCUUUUGAGUUGGCUAAUAAGGCUCAUCAUAGUGAUAACGACAAUAACUCGAUUGAUCCAUUAUUCAAGAAUUUGAAUCCUGUUUUAGGAUCAUUUGUUGAUUUUAAAAUUGAAUCGCCAAGAUUGUCUAUUCCUAAAAUGAGUUUUAUCGAUGAAGAAAUCUUGGAUACAAUUACUUCUGAUUUCCACAACUAUCAACAAGAAAUGAAUGUAGUAUUGAACGACAUUAAAACCAUCUUCACAAACUAUGGAUCACUUCCAAUGUCAAUUGAAACUUCGCCUUCAAGCGGUGGAGAUGAAGAAAAACCGAACAGCUAUUUGAAGAAUACUUAUAAUUCGUAUAGUGAUAACUAUAAUAAUAGCAAUUCAAAGAGUUUCAGGCUUCAUUUUCCAAAUUAUGAUGUUGGCAAAGUUGAACAAUUAUUGACUGAAAUUGGUGUUACGAGGGGUAUUGUUUAUGAGGAUAACUCACCAAGUAACCCUAAUGUUGAUGUGGGCGUCAGCAAUAACUUGAUGGAAAGACAACCAUCGUCUCUGAUCCCCAAUCAUAACUCGAAUGGUGCCAAUAGCAGUAUUGCAGAAUCAUCUAGGUAUUUUGUUGAUUCGAACUCUCAUUUUGAUGAGCAACUAAACGCAUCAUCAUUUGCUCCAAUGAACAUUGUCUCUUUGCAGGAAGUGCAAAACGAUACUCUAAACCAAACCGAACCUGAACCAUUGAUCUCAGACAACGGUUCCUCUUCGGUUAGCUCUGUAUCCAAUGACGAGUUCUACAGAGUUUUAUCCUUCACCAACAAUUCCCCCAGCUUGAGAGAUAACUUCAGUUUAGUCUUGCCACUCUCAGACGAGUUGGUUAUUUAG